GGGAGCGUUUAUUAGUUCUGCUCUGCGUUACUGAUCAGUCAUCCUCCUUAUCUACGCCUCACACCUUUUCUUCUAGAACUCUGUCCCUUGGCUCCUAAAACAGCCUCAGGUACUUGUGUUUUUUUGUACUUUAACUUGUUGAAUAGCACCACCCUACCCUCUGUGUGGAUAGCUGAGUGUUCAAGGUUCAGGAAGAUAAGGAGAGGUGAGCGGCUGACGCCGAGCUUGUGUUGUGUUACCAAAGGAUCAUAUUACUGAGCACAGCGGGUUGGGUGAAACCGUAGCUGCUUUCAGAUCGCUGGGACUCCAAACCAGGAGUUGGGACUGAAAGAGUUUUGAAGAAGCUACAAAACAGACGGCUUCCUGUUGUGAAGACGAGUGUUACCAUGGGUGAGAAGACAAAACACUCUCUGCUGCUGCUGCUGCUGUGUUUGUCAGGGCUUGUACACCGUUCUGCUGCCUUCAUGUUUUGGACUGCCAUUGUGGAAACAAGAUAUGUGAAUAGCAACAGUACUGUGGGCAAGUACUGUGAGUGCGGAGUGUAUGGCCGUAACUCCCCUCUGGACCAAGCUUCGGGUAUUGUUGUGCUUCCAGCAGGAGAUCCCUUUGGCUGCGGCACAGAUAGCGACUACAGCCGCAACUCCAGCUACCCACCUUGGAUCGCCCUGGUGAAAAGGGGCAACUGCACCUUCAGUGAAAAGAUUAAUGCCGCCAAAGAUCAUGGAGCCGCUGCCGUGGUUGUGUACAACAUGGACGGCAGUGGAAACGACACCACUCACAUGGCACACCCAGAGGCAGAGGGUAUAGUGGCCAUCAUGAUUGGCAACUUUAAGGGCAUGGAGAUAGUCAAGAUGGUGAAUAAUGGAGUUGAUGUCAUGAUGAUAAUCGAUGCAGGCAACCCUCAUGGACCAUGGCUAGACACCUACUGGCUGCACUUCCUGUCCAUUUCAUUUUUCAUCGUGACAGCGGCAUCAUUCUCCUACUUUGUGUUCAUCUCUGCAAGCCGUCUCUACAAUCUGAGCAGCCUGAGGCGCAGCCAAAAGAAGCUGAAAUCUGAAGCCAAGAAAGCUAUCGCGCGUCUGGAAGUGCGCACUCUGAAAAGAGGGGAUGAGGAAACAACAUCUGACUCUAUGUGUGCUGUGUGCAUUGAGUCCUACAAAGCUGGUGACGUGGUGACGGUGUUGACGUGUGACCACAUCUUCCACAAAACCUGCAUCGAGCCCUGGCUGCUUGAGAGGAGGACCUGCCCCAUGUGUAAGUGCGACAUCCUGAAGGCCCUGGGAGUUGAGGAUGAUGCCAAGGACAACAUCUCCACAUCUUCACCACCAGAGGUCACUGUGAUCACAGUGGCAGGAGGAGAUGCCUUGUAUGAAGUCCCACUGAACACAUCCAUGAACACCGACCCCAUGGGUACCGACCCAGAGAGGCAAGAGCAUCGCUAUGACAACAGGGCCUUUGAGGGAGACUCAGAGGCUGCAAGAGGAUGAACAUCAGCAAAAACAAACCUGUAGACAUUAACAUUUCUUCUUUUGCUCAUUUGCAACGAAAUGGAAUCAUCAAGCUCAAACACGAGAGAAUAAUUCUAUACAGCAGAGCUGGUGCAACAAAAACUAUUAAGAUUUAAAUGAUUAAAUCUGUGUAAUUAGAUAUAUUCUUAUUUUCUUUGAGUGGAGAUGUGUGUGUGUGUGUGUGUGUGUGUGUGUGUGUGUGUGUGUGUAUGUGGAGUUAUCUGGGAGGAUUUUAUUACACUUUAACACCAUCUCAUAGCGUGACACCAGUGUCACAUUUCUGUUUUGCAUGGUCAGCACAGCAGCCGUGGGUUUAUAGACUCAAAGUGCAGGGAAGGAUUUGACUAUAUCUUUGUUUAUUGGGGCCAAACUUUCUUCAUGUAGCCUGCAUCACUCACAGUAACAAUUAACUAUUAUCAUUUAGGCAAAGGCAGUCAUUUUUUUUCUUUUUUCCCACUAAACUUCAUUUAGUUCACAAUAUUUCUGUUUUUUGUUUAAGUGGAUUUUUCCAUUAUCAGUGGGUGUGUCUGUCAGAUUUUACUUACCAACACACCCAUGAACACACCCUUCACCUGCAGAAUGACGCAUGCUGUCCUUCCAUUAGCCAAGAAUAUCACCUGGAGCAGAGGGGAGCUUUAGCUACACGGCAGUGAAAAUGAAUGUCCAAAGAGGCUGUAGAUAAUCUUGUAAAACAUAUUUUCUUAACUGUUGGAUAGCUGGAAAUGCUUUAUUUUAAGAUUAUUUUUAAUUUACAAAGUUAUAUUUUAAUAAUGGUACAGUUCUGUCUAAACGGCUGAUUUUUGGCUACAAAUCCUCGUCUUCCUGGUUUAGAUCAGCACUCCACCCAUGAGAUUUGGUUGACAUUUGAAGCACGUCAAAGAUUUUUCCUAUUCCAAGACUAAAUGUGUCCCUGUGAUGAUAAAUCUAAUGAGUGGUUUCACUUCUUUAACUGGCAGGGAUACGCCGAUGAUGGUACUUUAUGUGGUUGAAUUAUUGCUGUUGUACAGAUUCAGAGUCUUAAAUUGCACUGUGGAGAUACAUCUAACGUUUGUAUUAAAUCACAUUGAUGCUCACUGGAAUUCAAUAAAUCCCUCAAAGUGAGGCUGCUUCUGCAACCAAA